UUCAUCAACUUCCGGUGUCACGGAGUGCCUGGGAGACGGAGCAAAAAAGCGGGCAUACCGAAAGCGUUUUUGUUUUCAACAUUUAAAUGGGCAACAUUUGACUCAUAUAGUCAAACAACCGCGGCUUGUGGACCAGUUCCCCCUCUGGACUUUGCAUCUGGCUUGAAAAAUAAUCAUUCAUUCGUGUUUCGUCCUAGCUAACGAGCUCCACACGAGCAGGCCUAUUCUUCUGGACUUUGCUACAAGCUAGUUAGCUAACGUUAGCAGGCUAACCCAUGCGAGCACGUUUUCUUUCUCAAUGAUUCUGUCUGUUACGUUGUAAAUAAAUACCACACAGCUUAUGCGUGUGCUUGGUAACUUGUUUUGGUAGUUGUAUUGUUACGUAGGCUGCUCGUUAAAGCACAUUUACGUUAGCUACCUCAGCGAGGCGCUUGCUUUUAUAGUGUUGUUCACUUUGUUGCUAGCUUAAGCUAGCCACCGCUAACUGAACAACGCAGUCGCCGAAAGCGCAUCAGCCUUCAACUCACAGAGAUGUCGGACUUCGACGAAUUUGAAAGGCAGCUGUCUGAAAACAAACAAGGUGAUGUAUUCUCAGACUCUUUGACCGCUGAAAGGGACAAAGAGAACCGCCACCACCGCCGGUCUUCCUCUCGUAGCCGAAGCAGAGAGAGGAAAAGGAGGAGCAGAGACAGGGAUAGACGCAGCAGGGACCGCCGUGGGGAAAGUAAGGAGGAGCGCAGACACAGACGCAGCUCACCAGCCAGCUUCCCCGUGGACAAUGCUGGAAGCCGUUCUCCACACCGUGAGGUGCCGGCGAAGAAGAAGAACAAGGUUAAAAAGUACUGGGAUGUCCCUCCACCGGGUUUUGAACACAUCACUCCCAUGCAGUACAAAGCCAUGCAAGCUGCAGGCCAGAUCCCAGCCACAGCCCUCCUGCCCACCAUGACUCCAGAUGGCCUGGCUGUGACCCCCACCCCGGUGCCUGUAGUGGGCAGCCAGAUGACCCGGCAGGCCCGCCGGCUCUACGUGGGUAACAUCCCCUUUGGAAUCACAGAGGAGUCCAUGAUGGACUUCUUCAAUGCCCAGAUGCGUUUGGGUGGUCUUACUCAGGCCCCUGGAAACCCUGUUCUUGCAGUACAGAUCAACCAGGAUAAGAACUUUGCCUUCCUUGAGUUCCGUUCAGUGGACGAAACUACACAGGCAAUGGCCUUUGAUGGCAUCAUCUUUCAAGGCCAGAGUCUCAAGAUCCGUCGCCCACAUGAUUAUCAACCUCUUCCCGGCAUGAGCGAGAACCCCAGUGUCUAUGUGCCUGGUACUCAGCCAAUUAAUGGUGUCGUUUCCACAGUUGUUCCUGACUCAGCCCACAAGCUCUUCAUUGGAGGUUUGCCCAACUACUUGAACGAUGACCAGGUGAAGGAGCUCUUGACGUCCUUUGGUCCCCUGAAGGCUUUCAACCUGGUGAAGGACAGUGCUACAGGCUUAUCUAAAGGAUAUGCGUUUUGUGAAUAUGUUGAUGUCAACCUUAAUGACCAGGCUAUUGCUGGGCUGAACGGCAUGCAGCUGGGAGACAAGAAGCUCCUGGUACAGAGAGCCAGCGUGGGAUCCAAGAACGCCACUCUCACGAGUAUAAAUCAGACCCCAGUGACGCUGCAGGUGCCGGGUAUGAACAGCUCAGUGACUCAGAUGGGUGGCCUGCCCACCGAGGUGCUGUGUCUGAUGAACAUGGUGGCCGCCGAGGAGCUGCUGGAUGAUGACGAGUAUGAGGAGAUCGUGGAGGACGUCAAGGACGAGUGCAGCAAGUACGGCCAGGUCAAGAGCAUCGAGAUCCCCCGACCUGUGGACGGCCUGGAGGUGCCCGGCACCGGCAAGAUCUUUGUGGAGUUCAUGUCCGUUUUUGACUCCCAGAAGGCCAUGCAGGGGCUGACGGGAAGGAAGUUUGCCAACAGGGUGGUGGUGACCAAAUACUGCGAUCCAGAUGCUUAUCACCGCCGAGACUUCUGGUAGAGGAGCCAUGAAGAGAAGAGGGGACGGGGGGGGUGGGAGGGGAGGGAACAUGAAUUGGGUUAGGGAAAAUGUGUGUAAUAAUGGGUCCAGGGAGGGGUCAACAAUUUUUAUACUUUGUGAGGAUGUUAUUUUGGGGUGGGAGGGGGGAGCCACACUCUAAGGUUUGUAUUUAAAUGGAGGUAGCCUGUUUUAAGUACAUUAAGAAGGAGUUGCAGUGGGGAACUAACUGGACUAUUCCGGUGGAGAGAGGGAUGGAGAAAACAGGAGUGUUACUUUGUGAGUGGGGGAGAUGAGGGCAUUUUUGUUUGACAUCUAAUCUAGAUAUACAGUAGCUGAAACAUCCACUUCUGUUUCCCCACCAUCAUUAGUGAGGCGAGAGAAAACAUUUUAUUUCUAUAUUUGGACUAUAUUUCUUCAUGUUCCUUUUAUUUUUCAUCUGACUACUGCCCCCUCAGAAUGAUUGGUUGAGAAUAUGUUGUCUAAUUGGACUCUAUCUGAAUGUCAACUGUAAUUGUUUCAAUACUGUGUGUAGCUUCACUGAUAUGAGCUGUAAUAUCACAUUGUGUUCAGGCCGCAGAAUAACACGAGCUGCAGGAAAGUACUUUUUUUCAAUUAUGCCAGUUUUAUUUUUUCCUGUAACUUUCUCACGUCCUUCUUUAGUACACAGCUUUUAACAGAUGAGGUUGCAUUGUCUCAGCGGUUCAGUCCUGAUUUAAUUAAAAGUGAAAAAUUGAAGGAAGAUGAGGAUUGGCAACAGAUUGGUGUUUAAUAGGGGAUUGAUCUCUUCCUUACCAAAAAGCCUUAAUGUUAUUACAUGUCAAUUCGCUAAGGAAAACCAAUUAGGCUUACCCCUCUUUCAAUGAUGUCUGUAUGUUUAUAAAUGUCACUAUCUUGUACUACAGCCUUGCAUCACUCGUUUUCAUUUUUCCUUGUUUGGCAGCAGAUUUACGUUGUAAGAUGUGUCGGACCCGGUUGUUUCUUUGUGCAACGUCUCACCUCUUUGACAAGACCAAAUAAACACGUGUCUGAUACCCACGACUCAUGGAGUGAAAGCAAAACAA